UCAGGAUGGAACCAGUCCGAGUAGUCUCUCGCAGACUGCCACAAAAACACAUGUUUAUCGUCUUGUACUGUCUGUUGGGUGCGCAGAUACUCCUCACUGGGCUGUACUUAUUGCGACCUGGUGGUGUUCAGCUACAGAAAAAACUGCUUGAUAUCCGGAAGAACUCCCCAUCCCGCGGUGGAUUCGAUAACGAUCCCGACAAAAGCAUAAAGACUCAGCCAACGGUGGUGGAAGACUGUGCAGAACAUCCCAGUACGCUAGUGGGCCUCAUCCGUAUUGAUCUCAACGUGUCAACAGAUCUAAAUGAACAGAAGAAAGCAAUGCCAGAGGUCGACUGGGGGGAGUGGAAGCCUUCUAAAUGUAAAUCCAGACAUAAAGUGGCAAUUAUCAUCCCAUAUCGUGAUCGUUUGCAACAUCUUAAAAUGCAGCUCAGAUACCUCCACCCGUUAUUACAGAGACAGCUGGUGCACUAUAGGUUAUUUGUGGUAGAACAGGCAGGAGUAGGUACCUGGAACAAAGGGCGUGUUAUGAACGCCGGAUUUCUAGAAGCCGCCAAGCUUUUCGAUUUCCAGUGCGUCAUCUUCCAUGACGUGGAUCUAGUGCCGGAGGACGAUCGCAACACGUACAAAUGCCAUCCUCUUCCUUUACACAUGUCAUCGGCGCCGAGUCAGGAUAAAUACCGAACAAGGUACACCUUUCUAGUGGGUGGAGUGAUGAAUUUUCCUCGUGAAGACUUUCUGAAGCUGAACGGUUACUCCAACGAGUUCUGGGGGUGGGGCGGAGAGGACGACGACAUGGCACAGAGGUUAAAGGCCUCAGCCAAGGGUUUUGAGCGAGUUCCAACGGACAUGGGUCGGUACACGUCCUUAAUACACGGUGGCAGGGACAAGAACCCCAGAAGAAUUGCUCUUUUGCAAGACUCGAAGAAACGGCAGGCAAAAGAUGGCGUCUCGUCUUUACCCUACAGACUGCUCUCCUCAACUAAUGCAAAGUUAUACACACAUCUUUUAGUCGUCGUUUAAAUUUGAACUCUUUAACAAACAUUUUUUAAAAUUUUGGGCAAAUAGAUAUACAACGAUACAAAAACAACGAAAAAUAAUAUAAGUUGUCAUAAGAUUUUUUCAUAUAUGCUCCAAGGGACCCGGCCAUGUCACGUACAAGUAAGCACAGCGACAACACAUCGAAGGCUAUGUCACGCAGACGACAUUUUGGCGUGUUUGAGACUAUAAUUUCUACAAAAUGUCAAUUUCAGGACAAAACGGAUU